AUGUCUUCCAAUGCCCCAAUGCUCACUGGAAACGGGCUCACCGACCUCCCGAAUCUCAUCGAAAUGGCCAAAUGCAAGCAUUCAAAGUUUAUGAAGAAAGAAGAACGCCCAUGGAGACUCAUCGCUGUCAACAGAGCAUUCCACACGGAUUUAUGGGAGAGACUUGAGGAGAUUGAAGAGGAGGAAUCCAAUAAACGACCACCGUCUGCAGAGGAAGAAUUGGUUGGAGCGAAGAAGCAGAAGACGUCGGGGGAUUCAGAAGACACUGAGGAUUCCCCGAGGCCGGAGGGAUAUGAUGAGUUUAGCGACGAAUGGCUGAAGGAUAUCGAGGAGUAUGAUGGAUUCGAGGAUUGGGAGGAUUCUGAUGAUAAUUAA